ACAGAAAAUCAUUCUCUUCAUCUUAAAUAUUAUUCUAGUUUAUAUUUCAACAUGGUAUCAGAGCAAUCCAAUUCAGUUUAGUUUUCAAUUUUUUAGUCUAGUUUUUCAUAUCUCAUUUAGUUUUCAGACCGGGUUAUUUCUCCAAGAACCUGAGUUCAGUCCAGAAUCUUCAAAACCUCAGGCACCACACUGUCUUCAAGAAACUCUAAACACCCUCAAACCAGAACCUCUAUUCAGAACAUCAGCCCAGAAAUUUUAACUUCUCAGAACCUCCAAAUCUCAGAACCUCUUCCCAGAACCUCCUACUUCCCAGAACCUCCAACCAUCUUCCCGUAGAAAUUCCCACAAUUAAUACAUCUUUUCUGUCCGGAGAUUUGAUCGGAAUUCUUCCACAGACUCGCCUGAGAGUCCCUCGUUCUUGCUCCAGCAAGGCAGCAAGGGACGGAUAUCUGUGAGACAGUGGGAGAAAGUCUGGUCGCUGACGUGUUGGGGUCGCGCAUAUCUGUGGACGGACAUCCGCUCCUUCAUCUAGUUGUUCGCAAUCUGCUGGGGUCGCGCAUAUCUGUGGACAUCCGCGCCGCUGGCAAAGCCGCCGAAGGGGAGGCCGUUACUUCCGAUUCCACUCAUGCCACCAACUCCGCCGUAGGAGACGAAGUUCUUCUGGUCGUUGAAGGCGUUCAGCGUUCUCACUUCCGCUCCGCUCCUUCACUAAUUUGUUCGCACGUGCUGGGGUCUCGCAUAACUCUGGAGUCAACGCAGUAACUUUUGAGUGCAAGCUGGAUAUUUUAGUUUCGAAAUUGAGUCCACAAAAGGGGAAGUUGCUGUAAGUUUUUACUAAUCAUCUCAUUUUUCUAUCUACUUGCUGACUCAUUAAAAAAAAAAAAAAAAAAAAAAAAAAAAAAAAAAUCAAAAAAAAAAAAAAAAAAUGUCUUGUACGGGUCAAGUUGACAGAGGAAUAAUAUGCAAUUACUGCAAGAAGCCCGGACACUUGAUCAAAGAAUGUAGAAAAUUGGCAUUCAAAAAUCAAGGAAAUUCGACUACUCUAGCUACCGCUACCACUUCAUCUGAUGCCAAAGUUAUGUGCUGCAAAGAAUCUCUAAAGCAUUCUUUUGCUCCUACCUCGGUAAUCGCCAAUUCAGGUAUCUCAAACACAUGUCUUGUUUCAUCAUCCUCGAAAUGGGUCAUUGACUCAGGUGCCACAGACCAUAUGACCGGUAAUCCUAGUCUAUUCUCGUCAUUUCAUUCAUAUUUACCUACUUCUAGUGUCACUUUAGCUGAUGGAUCUACCUCACCCGUUCUUGGAUCUGGUACUGUUGUUCCAACUUCUACAUUACCAUUAUCGUCUGUUUUGAGUCUUCCUAAUUUUGCAUUUAAUCUGCUUUCCAUCAGUAAAAUCACUCGUACUCUUAAUUGUUCUGUAACAUUUUUUCCUGGAUAUUGUGUGUUUCAGGAUCUGUUAACGAAGCAGAUUAUUGGUAAAGGACAUGAGUCAGCUGGUCUUUAUAUUUUGGAUACAUCCAUCACAAAAGGUAUCUCUUGUCUUGGGGUUGGGACUUUGUUAGAUGCUCAUUACCGAUUAGGACAUCCAUCUCUCCCAUUAAUGAAGCAAAUCAAUCCCCAAUUUAAUAAGAUGACCUCUUUACAAUGUGAGUCAUGUCAAUUUGCGAAACACCAUCGUACUAGCUUAAGCCCGCGAGUUAAUAAACGAGCAAAUGCUCCAUUUGACCUUGUUCACUCUGAUGUUUGGGGUGCUUGCCCGGUUGUGUCUAAAGCUGGUUUUAAAUAUUUUGUUACCUUUGUUGAUGACUAUUCCCGUAUGACAUGGCUGUAUUUCAUGAAACGUCGAUCUGAGUUGUUCACUCAUUUUUCUUCCUUUUGUGCUGAAAUUAAAACUCAGUUUAACGUUCCUGUUCGGGUGUUAAGAGGAGACAAUGCCCAAGAAUAUCUAUCUGCUACAUUUAAGUCAUUUAUGCUUCAACAUGGCAUUAUUCAUCAAACUUCAUGCGUUGACACACCUCCUCAAAAUGGAGUUGCAGAACGAAAGAACCGACAUCUGUUAGAAACUGCAAGGGCUCUUCUAUUCCAAAUGAAUGUGCCUAAACAGUUUUGGGCAGAUGCCGUGUCUACUGCAUGUUUUUUGAUAAAUCGAAUGCCAUCUUCUGUUUUGAAUGGUAAAGCUCCUUAUCAUUGUCUAUUUCCAAACAAAGAGCUUUUUCCUAUCCCACCUAAAAUAUUUGGUUGCACUUGUUUUGUUAGAGAUGUUAAUCCUCAUCUUACAAAGUUAGAUCCCAAAUCAUUAAAAUGUAUUUUCUUGGGUUAUUCUCGAGCCCAAAAGGGGUAUAGAUGUUUUUGUCCGAGUACUGGUCGAUAUCUUGUUUCUAUUGAUGCAUCAUUUCAUGAAAAUACACCUUUUUCAUCAUCUAAGGCAGAUAUUCAUGAGAGUAAUGAUGAUAUACUCAUUUACACGAUGACUAUUCCUGAGUCCACACUUUCGACAAAUAUUCCACAAGUUACCGUUCCUGACCCUAGGCCUCCCGUACAUUUGGUAUACACCCGUCGACACAAAGCACCUGAUCACCCUCCACCGGCGAUACCUGUGAUUACUUAUCCUGAUACUACUUCGACUUCGAUCUCAUGUCCUGAACCAGUACCUGCAUCUUCAGAUCUUGUCUCCGCAUCAGAUCUUGACCUCCCAAUAGCACUACGUAAAGGUACACGGUCUUGUACUCAUCCUAUUUCUUCAUUUGUGUCGUACAAUCAGUUAUCUCCUGCUUCAUGUUCUUUUAUUGCUUCCAUUGAUUCUAUUUCUGUUCCCAAAUCUGUCAAAGAAGCUUUGUCUCAUCCUGAAUGGCGUCAUGCCAUGGUAGAGGAAAUGAAUGCUUUAGAUCUUAAUGGUACAUGGGAUUUGGUUGACUUGCCUACAGGGAAGAAAUCUAUUGGAUGUAAGUGGGUCUUUGCUGUUAAGGUUAACCCAGACGGAUCUGUUGCUCGGUUGAAAGCCCGAUUAGUUGCGAAGGGUUAUGCUCAAACCUAUGGUGUUGAUUAUUCUGACACUUUUUCUCCUGUUGCUAAAUUAACAUCUGUCAGGUUACUCAUUUCACUCGCUGCAACUCAUGAUUGGCACUUACAUCAGUUGGACAUUAAAAAUGCAUUUUUGCAUGGUGACCUUAAGGAAGAAGUCUAUAUUGAGCAACCUCCGGGAUUUGUUGCUCAGGGGGAGUAUGGUAAAGUUUGUCGACUUCGCAAAUCUCUUUAUGGUCUGAAACAGAGUCCCCGUGCAUGGUUUGGGAAAUUCAGUCAAUCAAUUGAACAAUUUGGAAUGAUAAAAGGCAAAUCAGAUCACUCUGUCUUUUAUAAACAAACAGAAUCAGGUGUCACAUUGCUUGUGGUGUAUGUUGAUGAUAUUGUGAUUACAGGGAGUGAUAAUGCAGGUAUUUUGGCCCUUAAGAAUUUUCUGCAUAGUCAAUUCCAGACGAAAGAUCUUGGCUCUUUGAAAUACUUUCUGGGAAUUGAGGUAACACGAAGUAAGAAAGGCAUAUUUCUAUCUCAACGUAAAUAUGUACUUGACUUACUAGCUGAGACAGGGAAAUUAGGGGCAAAACCAAGUACAACACCCAUGGUUCCCAACGUGCAACUCACUCAAGAAGGCACACCGUUUGAAGACCCAGAAAGGUAUAGAAGACUGGUUGGAAAGCUUAAUUAUCUCGCAGUCACUCGUCCAGAUAUUGCCUAUUCUGUGAGUGUAGUGAGCCAAUACAUGUCAUCUCCAACCAUUGAUCAUUGGGCUGCAGUAGAACACAUAUUAUGUUACUUAAAGGGUGCACCAGGACGAGGUAUUGUUUAUCAAAACCAUGAUCACAUGAGAAUAGAAUGUUUUGCAGAUGCUGAUUGGGCCGGUUCUAAAGAUGAUCGAAGAUCUACAUCUGGUUAUUGUGUCUUUGUUGGUGGUAAUCUUGUAUCUUGGAAGAGUAAGAAGCAGAAUGUGGUUUCUCGUUCGAGUGCCGAAUCAGAAUAUCGAGCUAUGGCACAAUCUGCAUGUGAGAUCAUAUGGAUAAGCCAUUUAUUGACCGAGCUCGGACUGAAGACAUCAAUGCCUGCUAAAUUGUGGUGUGAUAACCAAGCUGCUAUACACAUAGCAAACAAUCCUGUAUUUCAUGAGAGAACAAAGCAUAUUGAGGUCGAUUGUCAUUUUAUUCGAGAGAAGAUACAAAAAGGAUUGAUCUCUACAGGAUAUGUGAAGACUGGGGAACAACUUGGAGAUUUGUUCACUAAAGCACUAAAUGGAAUUCGAGUUGGUUAUUUAUGUAACAAGUUGGGCAUGAUAAAUAUCUAUGCUCCAACUUGAGGGGGAGUGUGAAAGUAUAUUAGAAUAUACUUUAGAAUAUUCUUUAGAAUAUAUUAGGAAUAUACCAUAUAUAGUAUUAUUGUAUAGCAUCUUUUAUAGGAAUAUUCUAUCUUUGUAAUCUAUAUUUAUAGGGCUUUACCCUUCAAUGAAAUACACAGAAAAUC